GCCUCUUCCCUUUCUCCUUUUGUUUCUCUCUUGACUAAUUUUCUAAAUUACAUUGUUUGAAAUUUAUACAGAUAGAUUCCUAGAAUUUUCUAUUAUAUAAAAGUUUAAAAGUGUAUUAGUUGAUACUAUUUUAUUCAAUUAUAUUCCUCGAUAUAAAUAUAGUCGCGGAUACGAAUUAAUCGUAUUCAUAAUACAAUUAUAUCAUGUAUUCAUCCUGUCUCUCAUCUCUCACCUCUCUCUCCCAAAUCUCGCUAGUUUAUCUUCCCUUUCGUCUCUCACCUCCCUCUCUCAAAUCUCGCUUGUAUAUCUUUCCUUUCUCGAAUCUACUCACCUCCCCCCACCCCCCAAAUUUCACUCACCUCUCUCCUCCUCCUUUUACCUUGUAACUAUAACAACAUACCCAUUGUAUUUCCACCUAGUGGGUAUGGGAAAAUGUUUUUUUUUUGGGGGGACCAUGAUAACUAGUCUAAAAAACACAUAGGCCCAAUAGAUAAAUCUGCAUCCUUCAGCCUAAAACUUGGGCCCUUCGACUCUACAUACUACUUAGGCCUUUUAGGAUCCAAAUUAAACUCCCUUCACUCUGAGUCUGCCGGCUUCCGCCUUUCGCCGCCGUUUCCGCCGCCUGCCGCUGCUCGUCCGUCUUCCUCAUUGUCCAGCUGGUAAAGCCCAAAAUUGUAGCUUAUGCUUGGACCAAACUACAAAUUAGUUUAAGGUGCUCCCAUCAGCAAUAUACUAUUGCAGAAUGUCGACAGCAACAUACCCGCCGCCACCGCCAUAUUACAGGCUGUACAAGGACUAUCUUCAAGACCCCAAGUCUGCUCCGGAACCUCCACCUCCCAUUGAGGGGACCUAUGUCCUCUUUGGUAGCAACUACACUACCGAUGAUGCACUCCCAAAUUUGGAAGAGCAGGGUGUGCGUCAAUUAUACCCAAAAGGGCCUAAUGUUGAUUUCAAGAAAGAACUAAGAGCACUUAACAGAGAAUUGCAACUACAUAUAUUGGAGCUUGCUGAUGUUCUUGUAGAACGCCCUUCACAAUAUGCCAGGAGAGUGGAAGAGAUAUCUCUGAUAUUCAAGAACUUGCACCACCUACUCAAUUCUCUGCGUCCGCACCAGGCUCGAGCCACACUUAUCCAUAUUCUAGAACUUCAGAUACAACGACGUAAACAAGCGAUAGAGGAUAUCAAGCGGAGAAGGGAAGAAGCUCAGAAGCUUCUAAAGGAGGCACUUGGUACCCUUGAGGGACAGUAGCUUGCUCUUUAAACUCUACACACAGCUGGCACAGUAAACUUGACAAAUUUCUUGACAAUUAGUGUCCAGAAUGCCUUGAAAUUUGCCGUAUAGAAGUCAUUCAGUCGUAGUGUGAAAUUUUCUUUAUUCACUUCCUUGAAAUUCACAUAGUGACAAAGCUCCGAUGUGGCAAGUAACAUGUUAGAAUCCGGUGUUUCAGUCCUUGAGGCAAUAUUCACCUAUGUUCUGCUGAUGUAUGGUUCAAUUACAGGCACCAUCCGUUUCGUCUUUUGUUAA